AUGCCAAUCUUCAAAUCCUCGUUCCCUCCGAUCGAGGUCCCCACCAACCUCCCGGUGUGGACGUGGCUAUUCGACUCCGAAUACAGCCCACUGCAGAGACAGCAGCGCGGCGAGAAACUGGGCGGAUUCACAAACGCAAUCACAAAGGAACGCCUCGGCUACGACGAGCUCAAGGUGCACACGACGCACCUCUCGACGGCGCUGGUGAGGCGGUACGGUCUGCAGGCGGGCCAGACCGUGGGGAUCCUCACGCCCAACACGGUGUGGUAUCCCUGCGUCAUGUUCGGCACCCUGCGCGCGGGCGGGAUAGUCUCUGGCGCGUCCCCGGCAUACAACGCCGAGGAGCUGGCGUUUGCGCUGAAAACGGCCGAGGCCAAGUUCCUCUUCACCGCGCCUCCGAAUCUCUCGGUCGCGGUGGCGGCGGCGAGGAGCGUCGGGAUCCCGCAGGAGCAUGUCUUCCUGAUCUACGGGGCGGCAGAGAACUUCACCACGCUGGCGGAGUUGCUCGAGAUCGGCAGGUCGUACGGCACCAGCCAGGUCGAGGCGUAUAGAAUACCCCCGGACAAACAAAACAGGGACGUCUGCGCGUUUCUAUCCUUCUCCAGCGGCACGACAGGCCUGCCCAAAGCCGUCAUGGUGGGCCACUCCAACAUCAUCGCCCAAUGUCUGCAGGUGGGACGAAUGACCCCGGCGUCUCUCCGGCGCAUUCUCACGGUCCUGCCCCUUUUCCACAUCACGGGCCUCGUCCACCAUCUCCACCUACCCGUCUUUCUGAACGCGGAGGUCUACCUCCUCCCGAGCUUCACAAUGGAGGACACACUCCAGAGCAUCCAGGACUACCAGCUCGAGGAAGUCCUGCUUGUGCCUCCGAUCUUGAUCCGCAUGGUCCGCGACCCGGCGCUUCUUCGACGGUACAACCUCAGUUCGUUACGGCGACUCAUGUCCGGCGCGGCGCCCUUGUCCGCCGAGAUCCUCGCCUUGAUCCAACAAUACUUCCCCAACAUUGGAUUCAAGCAAGGGUACGGCAUGACCGAGUCGUGCUCGUGCAUCACGCUGCACCCGCCCGACAUGUAUGAUUUCCGAUACGCAACGCGGGUCGGGACGAUCGUGCCGUCGACCGAGGUCAAGUUCGUCGAUCCGCAGACCGGCCGGGAGUGCGGCGUCAACGAGCCCGGCGAGAUCUGGGCGCGCGGACCGCAGAUCGUGAUGGGCUACCUGAACAACAAAAAGGCCACCGAAGAGACCUUUGACAGCGAAGGGUUCCUCCACACGGGGGAUAUUGGGAGUAUCGACGACGAGGGCAUGGUGAGCAUCACAGACCGUCUGAAGGAGAUGAUCAAGGUCAACGGCAUCGGCGUAGCGCCCGCGGAACUCGAAGACCUCCUCCUGGGCCACGAUGAGGUCGAGGACGUGGCCGUGCUGGGAGUCAAGGACGAGCUCUCCGGCGAGCAUCCCAAGGCUUUCAUUGUCGUGAAGCAGCAGGCCACACAGAAGAGGGAAAAGGAUCUCGAUGCCCUAAGGGGACGGUUGAUCAAGUACGUCCAAGAGCGGAAAGCACGGCACAAAUGGAUCGCCGAGAUCGACUUCAUCGACGAGAUCCCCAAGUCGGCGUCCGGUAAGAUCCUCAGACGCGUGCUCAGAGACAAAAUGUCUCGGGGGAAUCCGCGAGCGGCCAAGCUGUAG